AUGGCACAGAGAUCUGGACAGGAAGAUCCGGAGAGAUACCUCUUCGUGGAUAGGGCUGUAAUCUACAACCCUGCCACCCAGGCUGAUUGGACAGCUAAAAAGUUGGUGUGGAUUCCUUCAGAGCGCCAUGGUUUUGAGGCAGCCAGCAUCAAGGAGGAAAAAGGGGAUGAAGUGUUGGUCGAACUGGCAGAGAAUGGAAAGAAAGCACUAGUCAAUAAAGAUGAUAUUCAGAAGAUGAAUCCUCCCAAGUUCUCUAAAGUGGAAGACAUGGCAGAAUUAACCUGUUUAAAUGAAGCCUCUGUAUUGCAUAAUUUAAAGGAUCGGUAUUACUCUGGGCUCAUCUAUACCUAUUCAGGGCUGUUCUGCGUAGUUAUAAAUCCUUACAAGAACCUCCCAAUUUAUUCAGAAAACAUUAUUGAGAUGUACAGAGGGAAGAAGCGCCAUGAAAUGCCACCGCACAUUUAUGCAAUAUCUGAAUCUGCAUAUAGAUGCAUGCUACAAGACCGUGAGGACCAAUCAAUUCUCUGCACAGGUGAAUCUGGUGCCGGGAAGACUGAAAACACUAAGAAGGUUAUUCAAUACCUUGCUCAUGUUGCUUCCUCCCAUAAAGGAAGAAAGGACCAUAAUAUUCCUGGGGAGCUGGAGCGUCAGCUUCUUCAGGCAAAUCCCAUUCUGGAAUCCUUCGGGAAUGCAAAGACAGUGAAAAAUGACAACUCCUCCCGCUUU